AUGAACAAGCUUCGUAAGAUCCAUUCUCAUGUCAUCAUCAAUGGUCUUCAACAUCACCCUUCAAUCUUCAACAAUCUCCUCCGCUUCUGCGCCGUUUACGUCACCGGAAACUUAUCUUACUCUCUUCUCCUCUUCGAACAAUUCGAUUCCGACCCAUCAACUGAUAAAAAGAGGCUUAAACGUAAUAAAACAGACACAAGAGUUCCCGGCCCACUAGGCCCAUCUCCAAACUUGGAACUAUCAUCAACUUGUGCUUGGAACUCUCUUGUCCGUGGCUUCUCCGUAUCUUCUUCCCUUCUCUUAUACAAUCGAAUGAUUCUCUCCUCUGUUUCACGCCCUGAUAUCUUCACUUUCAGUUUCGCUCUCAAAGCAAGUGAGAAGCUUUGUUCGAUUCCGAAGUGUUUGGAGCUUCACGGUUCGAUUAUCCGAUCUGGGUUUCUUUCAGAUGCUAUUGUUUCCACAAGUCUCGUUCGUUAUUACUCUGCUAAUGAAAGGAUGGAUAUUGCUUCCAAAGUGUUCGAUGAAAUGCAUGUGAGAGACUUGGUUUCUUGGAACGCCAUGAUUUCUUGCCCUUUCACAUGCUGGUUUACACCAUCAAGCGUUGAGUAUGCACAAGCGAAUGGAAAAUGA